UUGAGGAAGGGGAGGGGCCGGCGUGUGAUGUCACAACAGACAGGAAGUGGAAAGGAGGGCGCGAGUGGGGAAAAAAAGUCCCAAGCGGAGGUCGCUCGGGUGCCCCCCGCCAGACUUUUCGUCAAGACUCCAAAACCGGGAGCACGUCCCGAGCUGCCCCUUUUUCCCGCAAAAAACCCGUUGAAAACGCUUUAAGUCUCGCAUUUUCGAAUCGUUGUCCAUCCGAGUUGGCAAAGCGAGCCGAUGGCGUGACGUCGACUUUUAACCGAUGAGUCAAGUCGACGCCCACUUGGACCAGUUGAGCAAAAAUGGCUUCGAUUUAUUCGGGGGGAGCUCGCCGAGCGUUUGGGACGCAGAACAGUUCCGAGGACGAUUUGGCAAAACGAGCUUUCACGCACUUUCCAGAAAAGAACAAAAAACUUGGUACUGAGGUCCCGGUCGGCAAAAAUGCGCGCGACGGGUGAACGGCGCGAGCCACUCGCGUGACGCGUCCGCCUUCGACUCGAUCGGCGCAAAGCCCCAGCGGGAGAAAGCAUGAAAAAAAAAAAACUUGGAUCGUUUGAGAAAGGACAUCCUGGGUAUUUCCGAAGAUGAGCAGAACGACCUUUGACAUAUUUUCAAUGGAAAGGUCUUACAUGCAGCGCCUUCAUGUCGCGGCCGCCUUCGCAAUCCGACACGCCGCAAGUAACAAGUUCCGGAGCUCGCCUGGGGAAGGAGGCGUGUCUCUGGUCUACCGCCCCCUGGUGGCCACGCCGGCCGCAUCAGAGAGACAGACCAUUGAAGUGAAGCAGAAAGUCUGGCUUUCGUUCUUUGGAGUUUUUGGCGGCCUACGCCGGAGCAGAUUGGUGGCAUUUCAGAAAUAUUUGAAUCCUUUCAGGGGAGACUUUUUUUUUUUUUUUAUCUCUCUUUUGUCUGUCCUAAUUGUCAAUACUUGUCUAAUUUUCAGAGUUUUUAAAAAAGCAAGUCCCAACGGCAAGCUCAUCGUCUAUCUGGGCAAGCGAGACUUCGUGGACCACGUGGAGCGAGUGGAGCCCGUCGAUGGCGUGGUCCUGAUUGAUCCCGACUACCUGAAGGAGAGAAAAGUGUUUGUGACCCUCAACUGCGCCUUCCGAUACGGCCGAGAAGAUUUGGACGUGCUGGGCUUGACCUUUCGCAAGGAUUUGUUUGCGGCCGGCGUGCAGGCGUUCCCUCCUCUCGUCGAGGAAAAGAGCGACGUGACUCGUUUGCAGGACCGUCUGCUGAAGAAACUGGGAGAGCACGCCUACCCCUUCACCUUCCAGAUCCCGCUUAACCUGCCGUGUUCCGUCACGCUGCAGCCGGGCCCCGAGGACACCGGAAAGGCCUGCGGCGUGGACUUUGAAAUCAAAGUGUUUUGUGCGGACAACGCCGACGAAAAGAUCCACAAAAGGAACUCCGUUCGUCUGGUGAUCCGGAAGGUUCAGUUCGCUCCCGAGAAACCCGGGCCCCAGCCCAGCGCUGAGACCACCAGGCACUUCCUGAUGUCGGACAAACCUCUGCACCUGGAGGCGUCUCUGGACAAGCAGGUUUACUACCACGGCGAACCCAUCAGCGUCAACGUUCACGUCACCAACAACACCAACAAGAUGGUGAAGAAGAUCAAGGUGUCAGUGCGCCAGUACGCCGACAUCUGCCUUUUCAACACGGCGCAGUACAAGUGUCCGGUGGCCAGCCAGGAGUCUGAUGACGUGGUGGCUUCCAGUUCGACUUUCUGCAAAGUCUUCACGCUGACGCCGUUUCUGUCCGACAAUCGAGAGAAGCGAGGCCUGGCGCUCGACGGGAAGUUGAAGCACGAAGACACGAACUUGGCCUCCAGCACGCAGUUGCGCCGCGGCGCCGACAAGGAGAUGUUGGGCAUCGUGGUGUCGUACAAAGUCAAAGUCAAGCUGCUGGUGUCUCGAGGCGGGCUCCUGGGAGACUUGGCCCCCAGUGACGUGUCGCUGGAACUUCCCUUCACGCUGAUGCACCCCAAACCUUCGGAAGAGUCGCUCCACGGCCGAGAAAGUGCUGAUGAAGUGCCGAGCGACACCAACCUGAUCCAGUUUGACGCCAACGGCGACGACGACGACAUCAUCUUUGAAGACUUCGCUCGUCAGCGGCUGAUCGGCGCAAAAGACGACGAGGACGAAGAGGCGGCGGAAGGUUCCGACAAGUAGACCGGGGGCCACCCCCGGAAGGGCGCUGGCGUGCGUCUGCCUCAGUAGCGCCGAGGUCCGUCGGUGGCGUCGCGUGCGCUCGCGCGUCCCACCCGUCUCGGGACCGUUUGGCGCGUAUUGGUCGCCGUUCUCUGACACUUGGACGACGAGUCUGCGUUUGGCGGGUGCCGCGUGGAUGCGGAACUUCCAUUUUCCCGAUUGUUUUUUUUAAUUCUGAUCCUCGUCACGACUUCCGCCUUUCUCAAAAUGUUCCACCUUCAGCAUGUGCCGAUUGUCUGACUGCCAACAUUUCCCACAAGUGCACGUUUUUAUCCCCCCAAUGAUAUCAUUUUUCACCUUGUUGCCGUUUGAGAUUCCAAAAUGUUCAUGUUGACAAAAUCAUUUCUUGUCCGAUUCCCCAAAUUUUCAAAAUUCAAAUCCCGACUCUUUUGGGUGCACGUCUUCAUUUCGUGAUCGUGCGAUCAAUAGUCAACGCGAUACAAAUGGAUGAUAGUCCACUUGUACUGAUCCAGUGGUCAAUAGUAUGCACGUAUCAAAAGAUCCAUCUAUGAAAUUGUGUAUGAUUGUAUGACAAGUGACAAACUGUUGACGCGAGUCCAAAUAAAUCACAUCAGAUGCGAACGAGCAGCUCAGCACGAUGGAGUCAACGAAUACCCACCGCGUCGUCUUCCCCCCGCUUAGGGUCGGGUCGAGGGGGCAGCGGCUUUGGUGGGGCCGCCCGGACCUCCCUCUCCCCAGCCGCUUCAUCCGGUGGGGCGGGGGGUCCCGAGGCAGUCGUGAGAUUCUCUCCAGAAAGGUUUUGAACACAAUCGUUGGCAAAGGGCAACCUCGGCGCAGUCCGACCCUCACCGGAAACGAGUGCGACGAUACGGGCCAAACUCUGACACCGGUCCGUAUCAGGGGGUUCGGUAUCCCGUACUCCCGAAGCACCGCCCACGGUCAAACGCCUUCUCCGAGUCAACAAAGCACGAGUAGGCCGGCCGGGAGACCGAAAACCACGCCGACGCCUUUCCAGCAUCCCUCAAAGGACAUCGGGGGGGGGG